AAUAUAACUUUUUUGGACUUCUGAAUUCCUAACCUUUCGGGACAGAGUAGUCUUCUGCUCAUAAACCCCUCUAGAACCCCACAAGAAGAAAAAAGAAGCUGCCUGCCUACAUUUCCUGCUCUCUCUGAAAUCCCAACCUCCAUAAUCUCCCAGAUAAAUGGGAAAAAUCUCUGCGUUUCACAUUCAGAAAUUGCAUACUCCAUGGUAUUCUCCUUGAAGGCAAUACAUUUCUCGCUUAAGCCCAUUCAAAGAUUCAUUCUUUCUCGCUCCUUUUCGGGCUUCACCCCAUUGCCCGAACCAUUAUUUUCUGAAAUCAAAGCAGCAUUUAAUCGGGGAAAUCUCAGAGCUAUCGACCCAAAAAUUGUAUCCCAAAUUCAACCCUUUCACGUGGGAUCAAUUCUAUAUGGCCUUCGCUCUAAACCAACUUCGGCAAUCAAGUUCUUUCAGUGGUCUGAGACUGUCCUUGGGUUUAAUCACACAAUCCAGUCUCAUUCCUUACUCUGUCACUUGCUGUUGCGUAAAGAACGUUUUGAUGAUGCUAGAUGGGUUUUUGUUAGAAUGGUUCAGAAGUUUGGGGAUUUUGAUUGUGCCUCUGUUUUUGACGAGGGAAUUGAGCUUUACAGGUCGAACAGGAGCGCUGUGUUUAGCUUUCUGGUGGAGGGUUACUGCAGAAUUGGUUUGAUUAACCGGUCAGUUCAGUUGUUCUUACAAUUAUGUAAAAUGGGUAUUCCUGUUUCGUGCCAUGCAUUGUCAAAAAUGUUGAAUCUUUUAAUUGAUUCAAGAGGCUUGGAUAUGAUAUUAAGUAUCUGCAAAGGCGUGGAGAAUGUGUUAGUUGGAGAGUCUAGGCAGUGCUUUGAUAUCUAUGGUUAUGUGAUGAAUGGUUUCUGCAAGAACGGUGAUGUUACUGUUGGCUUACAGUUUCAUCGGAGGAUGGUUGACGGUGGUUUCGUUCCUAGUAUUGUAUCUUGUAACAAAAUGUUGAAAACUAUUUAUCACAGUGCUAACUGUAUAGAUUUGGCUAAUGAAUUGUUCUUGUUAUUACUUGAAUUAGGACCAGAGCCCAAUGUGGUGACUUUUAGCACGCUAAUUAAUUACUACUGUAAAGAGAAAAAGUUGGAGGAGGCAUUUAAGCUAUACGUCUUAAUGCUAGGGAAGGGUAUAGAUCCAGACCUUGUAGUGUAUAGUAUUUUGGUAGAUGGGCUAUUUAAGGCUGGAAAGUUUGAAGAGGGAUUUGAGCUUCUCAGGAUAUCUCUUCGGAAAGGAAUUAAAUUGGAUGUUGUGAUCUUUAGUUCGGUUGUUGAUGCUCGUGUUCGAGGUGGAGAUGUUGAAAGGGGGGCUUUAGUAUUCAGGACAAUGUUGAAGGAAGGGGUUCACCCUAGCAUCAUUACCUAUGGCAUUCUUGUAAAUGGCUUGUGUCAAAUUGGACGGGUGCUGGAGGCUUUUGGAGUUUUUGGUUGGAUGCUAAAAAAUGCGAGCGAACCAUCUCUCUUUCUUUAUAGUAGUCUAAUUGAUGGCCUUUGUAAGUCAGGGGAUCUUAAAGGUGGAAUUAGCUUGUAUUGGGAUUUACUUGGGAAGGGCCUAACACCUGAUGUUGUAGUAUGCAACGUGCUAGUAAAUGGUCUUAGCAAACAUGGGCGAAUGCAUGAUGCUACGAGAUUCUUCUAUCAGGCGGUGAAGAGUCAUGCAACUCCUAGUGUUUAUAUGUUCAACACCUUACUUGAUGGUUGGUGUAGAUUAAAACAUGUAAAUAAUGCAGUAAAAGUGUACAGGCAAAUGGGCACUUAUAGUGUACUUCCAGAUAUAGUGACUUAUACCACUCUGAUCAAAUUUAUCUCUCAACAAAACAAAGUGGGGGAGACACUAGCUUUUUUCUUCAACUUGCUCAAAAUGGGUUUCUCUCCAGAUAUUGUAUCAUAUUGUGCUCUGACUGACGGACUCUGCAAACAGAACAAUCUGACUGCUGCAUUACGAAUUUUCUCCCUCAUGUUAAGUAAUGGAGUAAAGCCUGAUAUAGCCAUCUACAAUGUUCUUAUUCAUGCAUUUUUUGUUGAAGGUAAGUCAAAAAAUGCAUUGGAGCUUUUUAAGCAGGCCUCUAAGAAUGGACCAGAACCAGAUAUUGUGACCUAUAAUAUUGCCAUUGAUGGCUACUGCUCCAUGAAAAUGUUGACCGAGGCUGUUGAACUUUUUGAAGAGCUGAAAUUCAAGGAGAUAAGAUUCAACACUAUUACGCUUACUAUUUUAAUUAAUGCAUUUUGUAAAGAAGGAAGAAUGGAUGAUGCAAUCUCUUUGUUUUCAAUGAUGCUGGAGGAAGGUCCUGUACCUAAUGUAGUCACUUAUAGUUCUUUGAUUGAUGGCUACAUUAAAUCCUUCUGUUUAGAAGAUGCUUUCAAGCUGUAUGAAGAGAUGCUUGGGGAUAAGGUCUCUCCAAAUAUUGUGAGUUACAGCAUCCUAAUUGAUGGUCUUUGUAAAAGAGGUCGUGUGCAUGAAGCGUCUGAAAUCUUUUCGGCUGCUCUAAACAAGGGGUUGCUUGCUGAUGUGGUAGCAUAUGGGAUUUUGAUUCUUGGCUAUUGCAGAGUUGGUAGGUUUGUGGAAGCCACAUCUUUGUACAACAGCAUGCUUAGAGAUGGUAUCAUGCCAGAUAGUGUCAUACAAAGGACAUUGGCAAUUUAUAAUCUUCAUAAUGGUUCAGGGACGCAAGUAGAUAAUGCAGUGGAAGGAAAUGCUUAUGUGGUGCUUCAGAACUCGUAAACUUUGGAACUUUGGUCGCAGUCCAAGAACUAAUGGUGUGUCAAUUCCUUCGAAAGCUACCUUUUUCAUCGCCUAUACAAUGGCCAAUGAUUUGGCAGGUAUUACUACUACGAUUCUACAUUUGAAGCUUUUACUCAUAUUACAAUUGAAGAAAAUACUUAUUUGAAAAACGGAAAGGGGUAAAAAGACUAAAUGGGGCCUCGAGAGCGUAGAUUUUUCCAAAAAACUCUUUUCAUUACAUGUACCCCUGCUUGGACUUUUGUAUGCUGUAGUGUCUCUAACGCUUGUAAUUUUAUACCUUUUAUAUGGCUCUUCUUCUGUUUUCCAUACUUUGUCUAUUGCAUUUUGAUCUUGGCUGCUCAUUUUGUAUUUUAGUUACGAA